GCACCAAGCCCACAUGCUUUUGUUUGCCAUCACCAAUUUUCUUUCUCUUUUGUCAUUAUUGUUGAUCAUUAGUAUGGAGAACAAAGGCUUUGUUAGACUGAUGCUACUUUUUCUGGGUUUCUCUCAUCUUCUGCUUUCCUGUUCUGCUGUUCCUACAACAAGAAGCCUCAAGUCAAACAAGGAACUACUCCCUUCUUCUUCUGUCCAAGAUUUUCUUGCUCAGGAUGUAAUAAAAUUAAGUGAAGCUGAGGAGUUGUUUGGGGAAGGAGAUGCAGUCAAUGAGGAAAGGAUGCUAAUGCAAAGCACAGAUUAUCCAGGGACAGGAGCAAACAAGAACCAUGAUCCCAAACCUCCAGGGAAAGCUUAAAAAAAA